AUGGUGUCAUCUUGGGAAUUUGUAUCUGAGCAACGGCAAAAGCUCCCCGUCCUCGCUACGACGGAAACUUGUGCUGGGAAAACGUACAUCGUUACAGGCUCCAAUACCGGCCUAGGGCUUGAGGCCGCGAAACAUCUAGUCCGCGUCCGGGCUAAGAAGGUAAUCAUCGCAGUCCGAAAUCUCAAAGCAGGGGAAGCGGCAAAGGCCGAGAUCGAGUCCGCGACGAACAAUCGCGGCAUCGCCGAGGUAUGGCAUCUCGACUUGGCAAGCUUUGAGUCCGUCAAAGAUUUUGCGAAGAUGGCUACCGAGAAAUUAGAUCGUAUCGACGGUCUGAUCGAGAAUGCUAGUAUUGCGCUUGACAAGUUUGCUCUUGCAGAGGGGUACGAGUCGACUGUCACUAUCAAUAUUUUGAGCACAUUUCUUCUAGCGAUCCUCCUCAUUCCAAAGAUGACCGAGACAGCGAAACGCUUCAAUAUCCAGCCUCACUUGACUAUCGUUACGAGCGAGGCUGGAUUUGCAGCCAAGGAAGCCUUCGAUAGUGUAAAGGAUAAUCUAAUGACGAAGUUGAAUGACCCGAAAACGUCGGAUAUGAAUCAAAGAUAUGCUCUUAGCAAGCUCCUCCAAUAUUUCGCAGGCCACCACCUCGCAACCCUCCUACCAGUUUCAAAAACGGGGGUUAUCUUGAACCUUGUGAACCCUGGCCUAUGCAGGACGGCGCUUAGCCGACAUGUAAGAUUCCUUUGGCGUUUGCAGAUUGUCACCGUGGCCUAUUUGCUCGGGAGGACUGUUGAAAUGGGUAGCCGCACGCUGCUGCACGCAGUGGUAGCUGGGGAAGAGAGCCACGGGUGUUAUGUCUCGGCUUGCGAGGUUAGGGAACACCAGGUACCCAGCUGGGUAAACAGCGAGGAUGGUAGGAAACAAGGAAAGCUUAUAUGGGACGAGAUAUCAAGGGUUCUAGAGACAGUUAGUCCUGGUUGUCUGAGUGAAGUGUUGUAA